AUGGACGCGUCGACCACCGUAUGUCUGAUGAUCGCCCCAAUACACCACUCUCUCAUAUCACCCCCCGCGCUAAACUGCAGUCACCGCGGUCUAUCUAUCCAUCCUCUCUCGCUACCGUUCUUCUGCUCCUGCCCUCUGCACCCGGCCGCACAUCUCGCCUGCACUGCGUUUCACUACACAGCCUUCGCAGGCUUCCUUGGUCCCUCACGACGCCCGCAUGCGUCCACUCGCAUUCCCGUCGUUACUAUCACCUCCACAGUCUGUCCGAUCAAUGCGCUCCCUGUCCCCCUAUCUGUAUGUCAUGCAUCCGAGAAUGCGAAUCUAAACAUCCAGCCGACUUUAGCAAGCAACCAGAUUAUGGUGCUCACAACAAUGACAACAAAGGACCAAGGCUCUCAGGUUCUGGAUGCACGUCUUCAGUUUGGGCAUGAGUGGUAG